AUUAUACACUUUUUAAAAAUUGAAUCAUACAAUUUAAAAUCACUUUCACUACCCCAAUUCUCCAAACAACUUGGUGUGGGAACAUUCAUCAAAAUGACUUCUUACUCCUAGAGAAUGACUGCCACUCUGAAAGCUUCAAUGACGUUGAUCCGCAAUCCUUGCGUCCUGUCUUGGAGCAGAUACAAAAGCAGGCUAUCCCACACUAAAAGCGACGCCGUUUUGAACUGUUUGACUGCGUGCCACCACCCUCUCCUUUUUAACAUGGCUAUACCGUGGAAAAUUCCACGCCGCCCACUGUCCCCAGUUUGCUUUCCACGCUCCCUGCGCACGAGCCUUCCACCGACUUCAACCCCACCAAUCUUGACCCUCCAUCUAGUCCCCCGAGGGGGCCCUUCUCCUUUCCUCCCAUCCUGACCAUCCACCCAGGUCCGCGCCGACUUUUCAAACCACCAAAACGUCAAAAGACACAUUUAAGAAGAAACACAGAAACUCACUUGAACCAUCACGGAAAUGAAAAAUGAAUUAUGAAAGACGAAGAUCUCACAAUCUCCUCUCCUGCUUAUAUAUAUAUAUAUAUAUAAGACACAUUUCGGACACAAACGAAAGCUAAACAUUUCCCAAAUCGCCACCAGAAAACACACACAUGAACAGAAGUGCCAUGGAGGCUCGCAGGAGACAGAAGCCGGACGUCGGCGGCCGGUGCAGGAAGCACCCGAAGCACCACCAGUCGCCGGGCGUCUGCUCAGUCUGCUUACGUGAAAAGCUCUCCCAGCUCUCAGGGUCGGUCGCCGGCUCUCGGAGAACCUCCGCGGUGGUGGCGGCGGGGUCUGAUUGUUCCUCCUCUGCGUCUUCCUUGUCGUCGUCGUCGGAGUCUUCUUUGUCGGCUUCUUCCUACGCGUCUCCCAUGCAUAGUCGUCACGUGCGGUGGGGCAGCUCGGAGGCCAAAGGGUACUCGUUCUCGUUUCUGGGCAAUAGAAUGAGCAAUGUGAUUACGAAGAGUAGGUCGGUGGUAAUGAAUGGUUUUGCUCCCGAAGGGGGGAAGAAGGAGAAACGCAGGUUUUGGGUGAAGCUACUUGGGUCGGGGAAAAGUAAGAGGAGAGAGGAGGAGGGUUUGGGGGACUCCAGUGCCACCAGAGAGAGUUCUGGUCCUGUUGGGCUGGUUUGAUUCUUUUGUUGAUCAUGUUUGGGUUGGAUAUUAGUUUCUCAAACUUUAUUUAUUUUAUUUUUUUGUCAAAAAAAGGGAUUUUUGACAUUGGAUUAAUUAGGAUAUAUGUACACAUAUGGGCGCACAAAGGGGUGUAUUGGUAAUAUGCAGAUUUAUGUAUGAUGAAUAUCUACCCCGUGAAAUUAUGAGGAAAUUAAUUAAAGCUCCACACAUUACUUGUU